UAUCCACAAUUUAGUAGGACAAGUAUCUCUGUCUUCGUCCUAGGAACUGGAGGAGAAAUGGCGACUCCAACUCAGCUCUCACUUCUCUCCAAACCUUCAACUCCGCACCUAUUCGUAAAGUUGCCUAGAACCGGGUUCAAUCCAAAGAAAACCGGUCGGUUCAAAUGUCAGGCCAGUCAGAGCGGGUUCUUUACUAAACUAGGAAGACUGAUAAAAGAGAAAGCGAAGAGUGACGUGGAGAAAAUCUUCUCAGGAUUCUCAAAAACCAGAGACAACCUCGCCGCGUUUGAUGAACUUCUCCUUUACUGGAACCUUUCCGACACCGACAAAAUCCUAGACGAACUCGAAGAGAUUUUGUUGGUGUCUGAUUUUGGACCAAGAAUCACUAUUAAUAUAGUGGAGAGCUUGCGGAAGGACAUACUAUCUGGAAAGCUUAAAUCAGGCAGCGAAAUUAAGGAUGCUUUGAAGAAGAGUGUGCUUCAAUUGUUAAUUAAUAAAGGGAAUAAGACUGAUCUUCAGCUUGGAUUCAGGAAGCCAGCUGUUAUUAUGAUAGUUGGUGUGAACGGAGGUGGGAAAACAACAUCUCUAGGAAAGCUGGCCUAUAGAUUGAAGAAUGAGGGGGCAAAGAUAUUGAUGGCCGCGGGUGAUACAUUUAGGGCAGCUGCCAGUGAUCAGUUGGAGAUAUGGGCUGAAAGGACCGGAUGCGAGAUUGUUGUUGCUGAAAAGGAGAAGGCCAAGGCAUCAUCAGUUCUUUCACAGGCUAUAAAAAGAGGGAAAGAACAAGGCUUUGAUGUUGUUCUGUGUGACACAUCUGGACGUCUUCAUACUAACUACAGCCUUAUGGAAGAGUUGAUAGCAUGUAAGAAAGCUAUAGGCAAAGUUGUUCCUGGUGCUCCUAAUGAGAUCCUUUUGGUGCUAGAUGGCAACACUGGUUUGAAUAUGCUUCCUCAAGCAAGAGAAUUCAAUGAAGUGGUUGGAAUAACUGGUUUGAUUUUGACAAAACUUGAUGGUUCUGCUAGAGGUGGCUGUGUGGUCAGUGUUGUAGAUGAGCUUGGCAUUCCUGUAAAGUUUGUGGGUGUUGGAGAAGGUGUUGAAGACCUCCAACCCUUUGACGCUGAGGCUUUUGUCAAUGCCAUAUUUCCGUGAGAUCUCUUAUGCGAGUAAUUAGUCUUGCGAGUUGCUGAAAGGUCCUUGGUAAAUGGCAAAAGGUAACAGUGAGAGACACUACUUCUCUAAUGAGGGCCGGAACCAGCAUGGAGUGGCUCCAAUUGCACAUUAGUUAUUUAGAUCCUGCUUCAAUGUUCUGCCAUUUUUGCCUGACAGAGAUUACUGCAGUUGGAAAAUAGAUCUUCCUUCUUCACUUGAAUCAAAGGGCUAUUCAAAUGUUAUCUCGGUUAAAAUCAUACUAUUUGAAUGUAAGUCAAUGUUGUGUUUAAAAGUGCUGACUGAUAAAACCAUUUCGAUUUUAAAAUGCUUGAAUAUUGAAUUGUAGGAAUCGAGGAACAUUAGCGAUUUUGCACA